GCUGUCAGCUGAUGCAGCGAUAACUCCGUGCAACAGCAAAACAAAGAAAAACAGAAAAAGUUAACACAAUUAAGCGUAGUAAAAAAGCCUAGACCAUCGCGAAAACAUAGAGGCAGUGAGUCACGGGAAAAAAGCUUUCCGGCAACAAUGGCAGAUACCCGCAAAGACGCUGCGCCGCCGACCUACGAAGAAGUCAUGAACAGUCCCUCGCAAGAUUCCCGGUUGAUAGCGGGCGUGCACCAAGGGGCACCUAGUGCUCCGCCCCCCAACAUGCACGUGCCCACCUACGGAGCAUUCGAGACGACGCCGGUCAGCGUGGUGAUCCAGCCCGCUCCGGUCGCCAUGCCCAGGGAGAUCAUUGUCAUUGGAGGCUGCCCUGCCUGCCGCAUUGGCUACCUGGAGGAUACAUUCUCCGCCCUCGGCGUGUGCUGCGCCAUCUUCUUUUUCCCCCUGGGCAUCCUCUGCUGCUUGGCCAUGCGCGAGAAGCGCUGUACUAACUGCGGAACGGUUUUCUAGAGGGGAUUCCCCAGAAAUCAUCCAAAAAUACAUCCCACUUGGCUUUCGGUGUGGUCUUCAUCAGCAAUCAUGGGAGAAGAGCUGUGCUCCAGCUCCAGAACGGUCUUCUCUAGUGGAUUUUCCAUAAAAAUCACCUCACUUCGGGGUCGGCACCAGUUACAAUUCCUUGUUAGGACUGUUUCUUCGAUAUCACAAAGCUCCAAUACUUUUAUUAUUGUUAAUCGUUAGCUCACAAAUCAUUAAAUGUUAUGUGUAAAUACUAUUAAUGGCGGUUUUGCGAGUGCCCCCGAUUUCCAGUCACUGUCCGGCGAUUGCUUAUAAAGAGAAUGGUCAUGUACAGUACAAUAUGCCUAGCCCAAACACCAAAAUGUAAUUUUAUAAACUUUUAUUGUUGUAACAUAAGAAAUGGUUCUUUAAGAAGAAGCGAAAUUGAUUUUAACUAUCAUAAGUUUUACACACCAAUCAGAAACAACGAUAUUUUUUUAAAAAUGAUGCUCGGCAAGAUUUAAUCGAAUAUAAAAUAAAAGUUAUGGGUAAGACAUCCCACAUAUAAAAGUA